AUGCACGACGCCGACGAGCUGCUCGAGUGGCUGUGCGUCGCGCUCGGUUGGCUCGGCGGCGGCGGACUGGCCGAGCACCACCCGUACCGCCCUGUGCUCGAGGCGAGCGUCUCGCUCUACCGCGGGCGGUGGCACUUCUUGCUGCCCUGCGAGCGAGAGCACGCUGUGGACUUGGCUCUGAGCCUCGUCUGUACGGCAUGGUCCCCUCGAGGCGUGCAUCUCGACCCGACCUCGAUCAUCUUCAUGCGCUUCUGGUACGCCGUCGUCAGGGCGCAAGGGUCGUCGCGGCUCGAUAGCCAUGUCGCCACGUACGAGCGCAUCGAGCUCGCCGUCGACCACGUCCGCGGCCUGUACAACGUCGCCCUCGGCCUGUCGUCCUUUGCCGGCUUCGCCACCGUGCAGAAGGCGACCGAGUGGGCGACCAACUUCCUCGGCCCGGCCGGCCUGAGUCGAGAAAAGGCGAUGCGCAUGGACCUGCGGGCUCUCGAGGCCAUCUCGCAGCGACUCGACGAGCUGCGGGACGAGCUCUUUGCGCUCGCGAGGGCGCCCGGCCGAGCUUUCCCUCCUGUCGACGACCUUCCUUCCGCCGAUGCAGCUCUGAGCCAUGCCGAGAUCCAGGUCGCCCCUCGUCACGCCGUCUACGAGCGGCUCAAGCACCUGUUCAGCAACUUCGUCGAGCUCUACUCGGACGGCAACCGCAUCCGCAUCGGCCCUCGAGAUCCUCGCCACGCGCACGACAUGGCCAACGCCGCUCUCGACCUCGGACGCGGCGACCUCGAGGGCUCCUUCGACGCGCUCGACGCCGAGGAGCGACACGAACACGUCCAGGACGCUCGGAGCGCGCUGUUCACGACGUGCGACGAGCUGUACCGCACGGGCUCGCUCCCUGCCCCUUUCCUCCUGAGCUCACUCGGCACCCUCAGCAGCACCGUCGACCUCGUCCACCCCCGUCCGACGCGCCUGGCCGCCCUGUUCGCGGCGUUCGCGCUCACGCCUCGAGCCCUCGUCACCACCGCACAGCAGCACUGCGGGCGCGGCCUGAUCAACUCGACAUGGGUCCAGAAGGAGAUGGGCAGGACCGAGAUGCCGUUCGCCGACGCGACCAACCGGAGCAGCACGGCCCUCCUCGACGGCGCCAACUCGGCUCCCGAGCAGCAGCAGCCUCACAGCACGAGCACGAUCAAGCCUCGACGUCCAGCUCCCGCACCGCCGUCCACCGGUUUCGCGUUUCCUGCACGCCCCGCCGACACCGAUCCUCUCCCUUCGACUACCCGUCCCGUCCCCGUCCACCGCCACACUCGCUCUACCUCGUCCAUCUCGCACCCGCCAAUCCCCGACCCGAGCUACCCUGUCCGCUCGCAGCCGAUCGGGGUCUCGCGGUCAAGCUCCCUCAGCAGCUCAAGCUCGUUCGGCUCGGGCCUCGACCUGGCCGCCCUCGCCGCCGAGCCGCCUUCGUCCUCGAGCCCCAGGAAGCCCGACGUCCACCUCCGGCGCCUCAGCCUGUCGGACCGCAGCGGCAGCGACGCCGACAAGGACAACAAGGACGUGCCGGCCAGGCCUCGUCGCCCGACGCCGCAGAAGCGCAGCGAGAGCCUGCCGGCCUACCCGCCACCGCCCACCCUGUCGGACAAGACGCACAACGGUGUGAGCGAGCAGGAACUCGCGGCUCUACCACCCAACCCCAAGCUCUGGCUCCCGUCGCACCUCUCGACGUACCUGUCGUCGACCAUGUCCCUCCCGCCACCUGUCCGCGCCGACAUCACCACCUUCAUCCGCUCGUCGCGCCUGAGCGGCCGCACCUUCCUGCGCCUGCGCGAGGCCGACCUCGACGAGCUCGGCAUCAACAUCCGGUGGCGCCAGGCGCUCCUCGAAGCGCGCGGCGUCCUCCGUCGCGAGUCGCUCGGCGGGCGCGUCCUGUGGGGCUUCGAGGGUGCAGGCUCUGCCGCCCCUCCCCCUGCCGCCGCCGCCGCCGUCGCCGCCGCCGCCUCGCACCGCCGCGGCGGGAGCUGGCAGGGCACGUGCGUCGACGUCGAGGGCUCGGCGUCCGAAGACGAGUCGAGCAAGGACGAGUGGAAGCGCUCGUGGCGGGCGUCGCAGGGCGUCGGCGUGCGCGACCGAGUGCGCGGGCUCAGGAGGGCGUUCGAGACGGUCGAGGAGGCGAGCGAGAGCGGGACGCCCGAGAAGCCGGCGUCGACGCGCAAGGCGCUGCCGACGGCAUGGCGGCACGGGAGGAGCGACUCGGCGGCGAGCGACAUGAGCGACGCGAGCGUCGACUCGGCGGGCGGCAAGUACGCCGCCGCGUCGGCCACGCCAUCCCGUGUCCAGCAGGCCGACGAUACGUUCCUGUCCUCGACCUUCACCACCUCGUCGUCGGGCACCGGGCGCCGGUCGCCUUUCUCGCUCGACCUCGACCUCGCCUCGCCCUCCCCGCGCCUCGAGCUCGACCUCUCGCCCGCGCCCGACUCGCCCACCUCGGCCUCGUCGUCGCACGGCACCUCCCUUCCCUUCGCGGCCGAGAGCCCGGCCCCGUCGCGCCCGCCGUCGUGCGCCCCGUCGGCCCAGACGCCGCGCCUGCAGCCAGACGGGACCCUGCGCGCCGCGAGCGCCAAGGGCGGCAGCGCUCGCCUCGUCUCGUUCCGCGAGUUCUCGAGUUCGAGCACGACGGCGCGAGGUGACGCACGCGGCGACGGCGAGUCGGGCGAAGAGGACGACGACGACGACCCGACGCUGCGGCCCGUGCGCUCGCCGCUCUCGUCGCCGCCCAUGUCGCCCCGCACGGGCAGCCUCGCCGAGCUGUUCGGCCUCGACGUGCCGCGUGUCCAUGCCGGUGACACGCCGCAGCGCAGGACGAGGGAGGACGAGCUCGUGCCCAUGUUCGUGCCGGGCUUGCCGCAGCCGAGGGGCGACGAGGAGGACGGUGGAGGGUCGAGGCGGCACAGCAAGAAGGGCAGCCUCGUUCUCGUCAAGAAGUCGCAGCUUGCCGCCCUCCAGCGCCGCAUGUCCGAGGUCGAGUCGCAGCUCGCCCUCGCCCUUGGCUCCGAGGGCACGCCGUCGGUCGGCGAUGACGACGAGGAGGGCGAUGACGGAAAGAGCUGGGUGUACAAGGGCGAGCAGGUCGACGAGGAGCGGCUGCGCGAGAUGCAGGAGCGGAUCGACGGUCUCGAGCUCCGUACGACCCACCUAGCCACCUCGAUCCCGGCCUCGCCGACGCCGUCCGCUCGCGCCUUUGCGUCCCUCGACUCGCCCUCGGCGUCGGCGUCGUCCAUGUCGCUCAGCACCGCCUACCCGGACACGUCGGCGGGCGCCUCGGGCACGUCGCGCCGCCGCGACAAGGAGCGCCAGCGCAGCAGGUCGAGCACGGCGCAGGGCAGCGUGUACAGCGUCCAGACGCAGGAGGACUUGCCCGGCAUGUGGCCGAUCGAGGGCUGGCGCCAGCUGAGCGGGUACGUCGUCGCGGCGAGUAUCGGCAUUGGGAUUGUCGCCGGCGAGGUCGUCGCCGCCAAGAUCCUCGGCCUGCGCAGACGUUGA